UGCUUUCCUGAAAGACUUGGAGUAGCUCUCCUCUGCGCGAAGCUCACCGUUUUGGGGCUUGGCAGUGAGUGAUGACUACAGCACGAGCAGCUCAAGUCUAGCUUUAGCAUUCUGGCACACACACACUGAAAAACACAGAGAGAGAGAGAGAGAGAGACAGUGGAUGUCACAAAUCAACCGUGGCAGGUACAGUUUUUCGCCUUGGAAGAAGCAGGAUAAUGCUAAUGAGUUUAAAGAAGAGAUCAGCUUCAUAUGGAUUUAUUUGUCUGAUUGUAAUCUGAUGUGAUCCUACUUGUUUUGGAAGAUCACACAUUGUUCAAGAAGAUCUGAACUGCACCUAUCCUGCUUGGACAAAAAUCGAUUUGCUGGGACUUUGCAUUCUGAAAGAACUGAUGUCAAAGUUUGUGCAUCUUGUUUUUUAUCUUUAAUCGAGAAAAAGGAAAGAAAAACAACUAAUGGCUAUCAAACAUUUUAAUUGUACCCAUUAAGAGCGCACUUAGGUAGCGCACUCACUUCGGAGCGUCAAUACAAUGCCUGGAUUACCCUUUUGACUGCCUAGUGAACCCGUGUGAAAUCACUGCGGAGGAGGUACGGCGGGGGGCCGAGCGGGUGGGAGCUGCAUUCCUCCACUGGAAUCCAACAUCCUGACUGCCGAUACAAGCCGAUCGGAUACAAACGCUAUAGGGAAAGGAGUGAAACCACCCUUCACGGUCUGGGUCAAAGGGAUUGGCAGAAGAAUGCUGGCGCCAGGUGCCCAGGGGCAGGAUGGCGUUGUGUUGGCAGAGAGCUGCGGUUGUUAGAUGGUUCCUCUUGAUGCUCCUGUGGCACUGGGCACCUCUGGGCCCACUGAGCUGGUUUCUGGCUCUGGCUGAGCGUCUGGACCAGAAGACCUCACCGUUGUCUUCCAUCUCCGGCCGGAGCAGCGGCCAGCUGGACUGGCUCCUGUCUGAUAAAGGGCCCUUCCAUCGCUGUCCAGAAUACACUGAGUUCAAAGAACGCUUCCAACAAGGCUUCUCCACACGCUACAAAAUCUACAGGGAGUUUAGUCACUGGAAAGUCAACAGCUUGGUGACAGAGAAGAGAGACUUUUUCAAAGCCCCGCUGCCUUUGGCACCCGAGUUUUUACGCAACCUCAGGCUACUGGGGAGAAGGCCGAGCCUUCAGCAGAUCCAUGAAAAUCUGAUCAAGAAAUAUGGCACUCAUUUCUUGGUAUCAGCCACAUUGGGAGGGGAGGAAUCACUCACGAUCUUCUUGGACAAACAGAAGCUGAGCAAAAAGUCAGAGGGCAACGGAAACAGUUCCGUGGUCUCCCUAGAAAUCUUGCACCAGUUGGCGGCGUCAUACUUCACAGACAGAGAGAGCACCCUACGAAGACUCCACCACCUGCAGAUCGCUACAUCUGCCAUCAAGGUAACGGAGACCAGAACGGGGCCUCUUGGAUGCAGUAACUACGACAGCCUGGAUUCCGUCAGCUCUGUCUUAGUGCACAGCCCCGAAAAUAAAAUCCAUCUAAAAGGUUUGCAGGAUGUGCUUCCUGAGUUUCUGCGGAAUCGUUUUGUGGAGGCGGCGCUCAGUUACGUGGCGUGUAAUUCAGAGGGCGAGCUACUGUGCCGCAACAAUGACUGCUGGUGCCGCUGCUCCGCAAAGUUCCCUGAUUGUAACUGCCCCUUUGCAGACAUCAAAGCUAUGGAGGAGAGUCUGCGAAAGAGCAAAGAGUCCUGGGUCAACCUCAACAAUGACUUUAUGGAGUCAGAUGAGUUCAAGGCCUUUCUCAAGAAAUUGCCAACAGAUCAUUUUUUAAACACCUCUGCCGUCUUAAAGUUCUGGACGUCAGAUCUGGUGCUGCAGAGACGUUAUGGUCUGCUGGAGGCGAGCACUAAAGUGGUGCUGGGAAAAGCCAUCAAGAUAGUGCGCAAACUCUUCGCUCUCAGCAAGCGCUGUCCUACACAGCCAAAGAUCAGCCUGCCUAGAGAAAGAACUCUGGGUUUUUGGCUCAACAAAGCCCAGUCUCUGUUGUAUUGCAGCGAGCAUGGUGUGCACGGCACCUUCUCUGAGGAACUGCAGGGCUGCAUCUGUGCCGCAGAGCAACGCGCUGUCUGCCAGGGCUCCGUGCCAUGUAGGGUGGGUGAGGGGACCCUCUGCUUGUCCUGCGCCCCGGACAACAUCACCCGCUGUGGCACAUGCCUCCCAGGCAGCAUCCUCCAUAUGGGCUUCUGCCGCCCCAACAUCGCCAACUCUUUAGACCACUACAUCAACUUUGACUUUGACAUGCCAGACGCAGAGAUGCGUUACCUUCUCCAAAGGCUCGAUAGCCGCAUGGAGGUCCAUGCCAUCUACAUAAGCAACGACGUGCGCCUGGGCAGCUGGUUCAACCCGGCGUGGAGGAAGCGCAUGCUGCUCACCCUCAAGAGCAACAAGAACAAGUCCAACCUCAUCCACAUGCUGAUGGGGAUCUCUUUCCAGAUCUGUUCCACCAAGAACAGCACGCUGGAACCCGUGCCUGCUAUCUAUGUCAACCCCUUCGGGGGCAGCCACUCCGAGAGCUGGUUUAUGCCCGUCAACCAGCAGGACUUCCCAGACUGGGAAAGAACUAAAUUGGAUGCCUCACUCCAGUGCUAUAACUGGACCCUCGCUCUUGGCAGCAAGUGGAAGUCCUUCUUCGAAACAGUGCACAUUUACCUGCGCAGUCGCAUCAUCACUGACGAUCCUGCCGUCAAUGAGACGCUUUUUUACGAGCCGCUGGACCUGGAUGACCACUCGGCCAACCUGGGCUACAUGAAAAUCAACAGUCUGAAGGUCUUUGGCUACAGCAUGCACUUUGAUCCAGAGGGGAUCAAGGACCUGAUCCUGCAGUUGGACUACCCGUACACGCAAGGAUCCCAGGAUGCGGCCUUCCUAAUGCUUCUGGAGAUGAGGGACCGCAUCAACCGGCUCUCUCCGCCGGGAGCCCAGCAGCUGGACCUCUUCUCCUGCCUGCUGAGGCACAGGCUCAAGCUUUCGUCCAGCGAGGUGGUGCGAAUACGGGAAGCACUCCAGAGUUUUAACACCAAGCUCCCCAACUCCACAGAGCCAGAACUCAGCCAGCUGUGCAGUUAGUUCAAAUGAGCCUCUGUUGUUCAUUUGUGCCUGCCAGUGAGAAUGUAUUUGUAAAUGUGAAAGAGAGAAAAAGAGAGCAAGGGAAAAUAAAUUUAUUGUCAGUGUACGUGUAAAUGUUUGUGGAUGAGAUUUUCUUUGAACCCUCUUCCUUUGGGCAGCAAUUGUAAGAAGCAGAAUUUUUGAUUGUAAC